AAAGCUGUUUGUUUUCAGCAAUCAGGGCUGAGUCUGGUCAAACGAGUAUUUCAAACAAGGAAAUAGAUGAAGUAUUAAAAGUGAAAGUGAACACAACACAGAAGAACCAUCAGAACGUAGAUUGGAAAUGGAUGAAAAACAGCUCAGAGAAUGUGUUAAGAAAUUCAGGCUAAAAGACUGUAAGCAGGGGGACCAGGGCUACAAGAGGGUUCUCCUACAGCUCUUUGGAUACACAGGACAUGGCAAGUCUGCCUUUAUCAACUCCUGUAUGUUUGCUAUUAAUGGAGGAAAGUAUGAGAUACAUGCUAAGGCAGAAGCAAACGAUGGCUGUGUCACAAUGGAGAGGACAGCGUAUCAGCUGACCCCCACACUCACCAUUGUGGACAACAAAGGCUGUACAAAACUGGACCACAUGGAGAUGCUGGAGAUCUUUGCUCAGCUGGGUAAUUUCUUUCCAAUCAAUGAGAAGGUUGAAAGGAAAGAGAACUUCAGUGAUUACCUUUCCAGACUGGAGGAAGCUGAACUGCAUCCAAAUGACACAGAUAUUGUAGUUCCAAUAUUUGUUUACAGUGCACAGAAGGGAUUAUUGGACCAAGAGAAACUCUCCUUAAAAUCGUUCCUUCAAACCUGCAAAGACAUAACAGGCUUUGUGCCCACUGUUGUCCUCACCUUCACAAGAGAGUUUGACGUGGAAACAAUAACGCGAUGGAAACAAACGUUUGAGAUUAUGGGAGCAGAGUCAGUGAUGGAAGUGGAGAACUACACUGAAAAGGAUCCCAUUCAGGAGAGACAUUCAAGUUUCUUAAAUAUUAUCAACUAUGCUUUGGAAAAUGUCAAAUUCUGUAUGGACAGACCCAAGGAACCAAAGCUGGAACGGAUAAAGAACAAGGAGACUCUUCUCAAAUUAGCAAAGGCAUAUUAUACAAAAUAUAGGAUAAACUAAGCUACUCGAAAAAAAAUAUACAGUACUGUGCAUGAUAUGAUUAUAACAUUCUAACAGUAGACUUCUACCCCUGUAAACCCAACUCAUUUUCUUUACUAAAUCAGCCUUAUCUAAUUCAUGCACUGACGUAAGUUUGUUCUAUGGCAUAGAGUUUAUGGGGAAAAGGCAAAUUUGCCAAUAUAAAACAUUUGAUUAAAUUGAUUGGGACACGGCAUAAAGAGCAGAUCUGAAAGUGCUGAGUUAUGGAAAUGGAGAAAACAAGUAUAUUUCAUUUACUGCCCGUGCUUUCACAUUUAUCACUGUCAUUCCCGAAAGAGAGAGAAACUAUGGGGAUUUUGUAGAAACAGAGCAAAGUGCCUACACCUUGUAUCCAUCAGCAACCAAUAAAGAUGUUAAUGGACUAGUACUAUAAAAAUAAACAGGAGAAAAACAUCUGGUUGACUUCUAGAUCUAAAUGGCUUCUAUAAAUCUAAUUGACUUCUACAGAACCUGGCCAAUGUUAACCCUGUUAUUGUAGAGCCCAGCAUUACCCAAUACAAGCACAGGAAACAGGAAGAGUCAGGGCUAAAUAUAUGAAUUAAAAAUAGUUAUAUCUAGCCAUGUUCAUCCUCAGAAUGGAGUGGAACGAGCUGAGUUUACCCCAUAAAUACAGCAGUGUUGGUAUUUGGCAUUACUGUAUUCAUAAGGGGUAGGCAGGUGGCAUGUUGGUACCCUUACCCAUCCCUUAACUUACACAUCAUCCAAACACACAAGUUACAGAGAAAUAACAGGUGCAGGCCACAAAGGGCUCUGUACUUGCCACUUGCCCUAUGGCUGCCUCUCAUUGGGGCAAAUUGACUAACCUCAGAAAAUGCGCCAGCGACGGCUUCGCUCACAUCACAACACUUCCCCAGGCGUAGAUUCCUCAGGACAACGCUAAUUCACUAAAAUACAAAGUUGCGACCAGGGCGCUGAAAGCUGGCAAAGUUUACGCUAGCGUUACCGCAGCAAGUUAAGUGAAGUUGCGCUAGCGUUGGCUAAUUUGCAUACGGCGGGAAAUUAAAAUACAAUGGACGUAUAUGUUGC